CCGCGGGACUGCGCGGUGCUGCCUCCUAAGCGCCUCACCCGCAAGCGCGGGUAUCUGACGGCCGGCGGCGCGGGCUCCGCCGGAUGCUGGGGCGCCAGCGAGCUGGCCCAAGACGCGCCUCUUCGCCAUGGGGCCUCUCACUGCACGGCUGCUCAUGGAGCGCGGGCAACCCAAGAGCGACCGGCUGGGGAAGAUCCGGUGCCUGGACUUAUCAGGCAUGGAGCUGCUUUCCGAGCACCUGGACCCGAAGCUGCUGCGCCGCCUGACGCAGUUGCAAGAGCUUGACCUCUCCAACAACCAGCUGGAGACACUGCCAGCCAACCUAGGCCUGUCCCAUCUUCGCAUCCUCCGCUGCGCCAACAACCAACUAGAAGACAUCAUCGCCUUGUGCCAGUUCCCAAAACUAGAGGAGCUGAGCCUGGAAGGCAACCCCUUCCUGACGGUCAACGACAACCUGAAGGUCUCCUUUCUGCUGCCCAAUCUGCGGAAGAUCAAUGGCAAGGAUGCUUCCUCAACUUACACCCAGGUGGAGAACCUGAACCGGGAGCUGACCAACAGGGUUACGGCUCACUGGGAGAAGUUCAUGGGUGCCCUGGGCCCCGAAGAGAAGACUGAGAAAGUCCAGGCGGAUUUUGUGAGAUCUGCUAUUAGGCAUGUGCACUAUGGACCUGAGUCCCUCAGCGAAUUCACCCAGUGGCGGGUGCAGAUGAUCUCUGAGGAGCUAGCAGCUUCUGGUGGGACAAGGGCAUGUGAUGCUGGCAUUUCAGAGACGCCUCAAGGAGUGGCAGCUGCCUCCAGGCCCAGGGUCAGGCUAGCAGCCAUGAAGCGCCUGGAAAGCUCUCCCCUCAACCUCUCUCCCAUCAAGCGAAUGUGUGCCUCCCUGCCAGCCAAGGUGGAGGGCAGCCAGCCUGGCCUGCAGAUGGAGCCCCUGCACUUCCUGCAGUGCCACAGCAGGAACAACAGCCCUCAGGACCUGACGACCCAGCUGUGGGCCUGCGCCUUCGAGCCAGCCUGGGAGGAAGGGCAUUCGGGGUCCACAUCCCAGACGGUGGCCACAUGUGGUGGGGAGGCUGUAUGUGUGAUUGACUGCCAGACGGGUAUUGUCCUCCACAAGUACAAGGCUCCUGGGGAGGAGUUCUUCUCUGUGGCCUGGACAGCCCUAAUGGUAGUCACCCAGGCUGGCCACAAGAAGCGCUGGAGCGUGUUGGCGGCAGCAGGCCUUCGAGGUCAAGUCCGCCUGCUGCAUGUGCGUGCCGGCUUCUGCUGUGGAGUCAUCCGGGCCCACAAGAAGGCCAUUGCCACCCUCUGCUUCAGCCCUACCCAUGAGACCCAUCUCUUCACGGCCUCUUACGACAAGCGGAUCAUUCUCUGGGACAUCGGCGUGCCCAACCAGGACUAUGAGUUCCGGGCCAGUCAGCUCCUCAUACUCGACUCCACCUCCAUCCCCCUGCGCCUCUGCCCUGUUGCUUCCUGCCCUGAUACCCACCUGCUGGCUGGCUGUGAGGGUGGCUGCUGCUGCUGGGAUGUACGGCUGGAUCAGCCCCAAAAGAGGAGGGGGUGUGAGGUGCAGUUCAUCUUCUCCGAGGACUCUAAGGCAUCAACAAGGAGAGUGGACGGGCUGGCCUUUGUGAAUGAUGAUGUCGUGGCCUCCAAGGGGAGCAACCCAGGCACCAUCUGCCUGUGGAGCUGGAGCCAGACGUGGCUACACCGGGGCAGCAAGUCCUCAGUGGCUGUGGUUGUCCUGGCUCAGCUGCAGUGGUCACCCACGGAGCUGGCCUACUUCUCACUCAGCACCUGCUCUGAUCAAGGGAUGGUGCUCUGCGGGGACGAAGAGGGCAGUGUAUGGAUCUAUGACGUCAGAAACAUCCUGAAGCAGCCAUCUCCCCCACCAGCAGCCCCACAGGCCCCCACACAGAUCCUUAAGUGGCCCCAGCCAAGGGCCGGAGGCCAGCCAGUGACCAAGACCAUGGUGAACAUGGUGGUGGCCAACGCUGCCUUCACCUACCUCACGGCCCUGACGGAUUCCAACAUUGUAGCCAUCUGGAAAAGAUGUUAGCAGGACAGGACACCUGCUUCUGCAGGACCAGGGACACAUUA